AUGAAGCUCUCAACAUCCGCCCUGCUGGCCAUUGCUGCUAGUACAGGCACUCUUGCAUUAACUGUCAGUAGCAGCGUUCAGAAUGCCUGCGCUCAGCUGCAAUCGACCUACCCCGAGGAGCUCCUGAUGCCCAACUCCUCAGACUACGAGUCUGAGCGAAUAAACUUCUGGGACAAAAGAUCCAAUAUGGAGCCAGCCUGCAUCUUCCUCCCUACCACUGUUGAUGCCGUUGCCGACGCUGUAACCAUAUUUCACAAGGAGAAGGCUCAGUUUGCCAUCCGUGGUGGUGGACACAUGAAUUACCCCGGCUCGAACAACAUUGAUAACGGCGUCCUCGUCGGCCUCAAUGGUCUCAAACAGCUCGACGUCAACUUGAACAAGUCCACCAUCGAUGUCGGCCCCGGCGCAAAAUGGGUUGAUGUGUACACGGCUCUUGCUCCUCAUGGGCUGUACACCAUCGGCGGGCGUCUUAAGACCAUUGGUGUUCCGGGCCUGACGCUCAUUGGCGGCGUGGGUUACUUCAUUAACAAGUAUGGUUUCACUAUGGACAACGUGGUAAGCUACGAUGUGGUGCUUGGAAACGGCACCCAGGUUGUCGCCAGCAAAUCGUCUAACCCGGAUCUGUUCUGGGCGCUCAAGGGCGGCGGCAGCAGUUUCGGCCUCGUCACCAAGUUUGAGCUGAAGACGUAUGACGUUCCGCUCGUGAGCAGCACGUACCAGAUCUUCGACCAAGAGCACGCUCACGACUUCAUCCGUGCGGCUUGCAAGAUGCUGCUGUCUGAGGAUGGAAGCAGGGGCGCUGGCGCGGUUAUCAACAUCAACUACAACACCACGACUAAGCGAGCUACGCCCCAGGUAUUCGGCCUCGAAGAAACGACAGAGUCGCCGCCACCAAGGUUCGCUGCCUUCAGUGCCAUUCCUGCCGUAAGCCGCACCAAUGCUGUGAUGCCGCCGGUCGAGUGGCACUCGAGGAUGGAGACGCCGAACCAGAUGUUCCGUAUUCAGUUUGGCCACCAUACUAUCAAGCCUAACGCCGAGCAACUGAUCUACAUCUACAACCAAUGGAUCGCGGCUAUAGAUGAAAUUGCUGAUGUCCCCGGUCUCCUCCCCACGUUCAUCUUGAACUUUGCCCCCAAGUCAGCUGUGGCUGUUAGCAAGCGUAACGGCGUUGGCAACACAUUCGGUCUGAACGAUGACCAAUCCUACAUCUGGUGGCAGUUUACCACAUCCUGGGCGAACGAGGAGGAUGAUUUGCGCGUCACGGCUUGGCAGAAGCACCAUCUCGCGCGGCUGCAUGAGGAUAACCAUGCCAAGGGCCUUGCGACGGACUUCCUGUACAUGGGUGAUGCCGGAGAGUGGCAAGAUCCGAUCCAGACUUAUGGGAAGAAGAAUGUUCAGAGAAUGCGCAAGGUCAGGGAUGCCUAUGACCCGGAUUUGACCUUUACCAAAUUGAACUGGGGUGGCUUCAAGCUGGGAUACUAA